GAUGAGGAUGAAGAACCCAGAGAAAACCCUUUUAACUCUCUGGAACUCCAAUUCCAGCACCCUCCAAGCAUUCUAAACACUGCAGUCACCGAAAGAGGCGCGAACUUCUCCCAAGGUCAAAGACAGUGUCUCUGCCUCGCCCGGGCCAUCCUCCGCCGGCCCAAAAUCCUUGUUCUAGACGAGGCAACCUCAGCCAUCGACAAGCCCACAGACGCAGUAAUCCAGAAAUCCAUCCGGGCUGAGUUUGGGCACAAUGACUCUACACUAUUAGUCAUCGCCCAUCGCAUUAGCACUAUCGUUGACUUUGAUCGGGUGCUUGUGCUAGACGCCGGUCGGGCUAUCGAGUACGGCACACCCCGGGAACUGAUAGCGAAUCGGAAUGGAGUCUUUCGCAGCCUAGUUGAGAGCAGCGUUGAGAGAGACGAGUUGUUGGAGACUAUGCAUGCUGCCGGUCCGUGA